UCGAAUGUGCGUAUCGUAUUGAAUGAACUGAGGCAUUCCGGCAACAUGAUCGGUUCUCUGUUACCAGAAUUGGACUUUUCUAAGCCCGAAGAACAACUGUCGAGGAGAGAACGCAUUGAACGAGAAAAGUCGACGCUUCCCAUACACAAACAGGGUGUUUAUGACAGCAAAGAUCGGGCGAGGUUUCAUGGCGCCUUUAAGGGAGGGUGGAGUGCUGGCUAUUACAAUACCGUUGGCAGUAAGGAGGGCUUCGUCCCGGCCACGUAUGUCUCGUCUCGAGGGAAGAGGGCGGCAGUUCCGCAGAACGACUUGUCGACAAUCAUGGAUGAAGAGGAUUACGAAGAGAUGUCGAUUGGGUCCAGGCAUGCUCCCUUGACGAUCAGCGCAGUUUAUCAGUGCUUAGGCGGGCUCGACACGGAGGGCCACGAUCUGGGAGAGACGCAUUCGGUUAUUCCGGGAGCUCCGGUAUUAGAUUUAUUCUUAUCAGCGUCACCGUCAAACGCUCCCAAGUCUCUGGGGUACCGGCUGUUGCAAAAGCUCGGGUGGAGCGAGGAGGAGGCUCAGCUGCGAGAGGCGGUUAAUGAACCAGGCGAUUUGGGACGGAAAAGAGAAACGGAUCCUUUCACGGGACUGAUGGGACGUGGCCUAGAAUAUUGUCCGGAUGGAUACGUUCCAGAAUUUCGGGCGAAUUUGCGCGACAAAAAGUUAACGGACAGCAGUACAUCUAUUAUUCCAAUGAACGAUUGGUCGAAGUAUGAUGGAGGAAGAGCAUCUUUUUCCCGUAUCGUGGUUUCAGAGGACGACGAGGCAUACAUGGGAAGUAUGGGAUUUAAAAGGGAUUUUGACAUUGAACAAGAAGAAGAAGAAGUUCUUAACUUGCAGCCAAAAUCUUUGGGGGCUAAAAAAAAUGAAAGUUUUUUAUAUGAAAAAGGCCACAACCGCCAAAUGAAGCGAAUUAAGACAGGGCCGAGUGGGAUUCGCUCGGAGCAGGACUGCCAAUAUGCUGGCUUUGUUAAAUCGGAAAAUCCAGGCCACUUGUCUUGCGAGCAUGGCUUGGAUCCAUUUCUAAGCUCGUUUCUUCCUCCGCCGGUUCCGGCGGACUAUGAUCCUUGUGCACAUCUAUCGAUUUCAGAGCAUGAUGGCGACGCGUCCGUUGCGGGUGCCGAAAAGCGCGAAGUGGAACGACUCGACGCAAAUAAAAGAACAGAAAUCUGGAAUUCUGUAUCUAAAGCUGGAGAAAAUCCUACUGAAAAUCGAUUUUUCGAUAAAAACCAUUUUAAAGAAAAAAGUGCUGAAUCUCACCAGGACGGAGACUCAGUUCAACAGACUUCUCAUAUUGCCAAUGCUUCUGCUUUAGACGGGUCUUCUUCUGCCUACUUGGACAACCCUAUGAAGCAGUCGAGGUACAAAACCUGGCUUGCCGCUCAUCUUGGACAGGGCAAACUUCCGGAUGACUGGGGCCAACAUUCGACUCCUUCCGAGCUGAGGCAAGAGCAUGAAGAGUUUGCUCGUACUUGGGGUCAAUUCCAGCCCUUGUCGACUGCUCUCUCAAAGCGGUUCGUUUCGGGAACCGUCAUGACCAGCAGCCACUUCAACCCCGGCGGCAUGCCAGAAGAAAAGCAAGUCGUUCGGACGGUUCCGAGCCACGAUUACCUGUCCAAAGAUGAUCCGUACAAACAGGCCGCCGAAAUGGGCUUGUUCGGAAAACUGACUCGAAAAACGGAGCCUUGGUUUCCCAGUCGGCUUUUGUGUAAGCGCAUGGGCAUCGCGUUCACGAAACGCACAGACGAUUUACAAGAAAAGAAACAGGACUCGGCAAGAGUCCUUGCUGGCACUUAUUCUGUCACAAGAGGCGAAUCGAGCGCAUCCGAUCACCUAAACAGAGGGAGGGCGGAUUUUUCCCAUCAAAAACCUGGCUCUCCCGUUACCUCAGAACAACACUCCGAUGACACAGCAUCCAACAAGGCGAUUCAGAGGCCUCCAAUGGAUUUGUUCAAGGCCAUUUUUGAAGACGAUCUAUAGCGAACAGUAAACUCUAUACAAAAAAACUCACUUCCACUUGGUUUUUUCGGGCUUGGCUUAAAAGUGCGGCCGGCAUGGCUCCACAGAUUGCUGCCGAGCACUUUGCAGGAACGAUGUUGUACCAGUUGCCUUGCGGCGUUGAGCACUUGCCUCAGCACUUCAUGUUCAUUGAGCUCUUUUUGUCAGAAAAAUAGAAUUUGUGAAAAAAUGUCUCCUAUUUCGAGAAAAGAUUUAGAGAACGCAAAGAAUGCGGGUUUCUGCUAAUUCGGUUUGGACCAGUUUUUUGGAUAUUUUUUCACAUGGUUCUCUCUCUGCAAAUCAUCUCUGUUGGUCUUGCGUCCACAAUAUUGAGUGAUUUGGAUUAUUUUUACGCGCUGAAUUUCGUGUAAGGCUGAGUGUUUGAGAUGUACAAUAGAAUCAACAGAAAAUUGCUAGAAUCUGGGUGCGCAGUAUUUAAAAUGAAGCAAGCGAACGUUGGAGAAACUCGGCGGUUUGUCUCGAAAUACCGAGCGCUGCCGCUGCCCCGUCUACCAGUUCCGGAGCUGAGGCACACGAUUCAGUUAUGGAAGAGGAGCAUAGAGCCGCUAGUGAGUCCGGAGAUGUUUCGGCGCAGCGCGGAGGUUGCAGACGAUUUUGUCAAGCCAGACGGAGUGGGGAACACGUUGCAGAUAAAGCUGGCGGAGCACGACAGGAGGCUUCAGCAUACUUCGUGGAUGGCGGAGUGGUGGAAAGAGCGGGCUUACUACAGGACGCGGGAUUCCUUACCGUUGAACAGUAAUUUUUUUUAUGUAUUCGAAAACACAGGAAAAGCGCCGUUAGAGCAGUUGACGAGAGCGGCGUUUCUGACAUUCGAACUGAUGAAUACGCGCUAUCAGUUGAUGAAGGAGGUGUUUCCGUUGAUGCACAUGAACGACGUGCCGCAGUGCAUGGACGCGUAUAUGAAUUUGUACAAUAGUUGUCGAAUUCCGAAAGUUAGACAGGAUGAAUUUCGAUAUCCUCCCGACCAAUUGAAGGGCUUGAGACACAUCGUAGUGCUUCGUUUCGGGCUGUUUUUCAGUUUGGCGGUGUGUGACGAGACAGGCAAGCCGUAUUCGCUGAGUACCAUCAGGAAGGGUUUGGAACAAGUUUGCGUUAACGCAGAGCGUCAUCGACACGAACAGCCGCCUGUUGGCAUUUUCACGGCCGAGAACCGAGAUGUUUGGGCCAACAUUCGCUCUGUGCUUAAGGAGAGAGGGGGGAACCAGUCAAACUUGGACACUAUAGAAACCGCCGCCUUUUGCCUCUGUCUUGACGACGCAUCUCCGCGCUCUUUAGACGAAGCUUGUCAACUGUUGUUUCACGGAAAAGGAAGCGACGCGUGCUCGGCGAACAGAUUUUUCGAUAAGCCAUUGAGCAUUAUUGUGUUUGCUAACGGCAUAGCGGGACUUUCGGGGGAACAUUCCAACAUCGACGGAAUGAUGGUCACCAGAGUGACCGAUUUGGUCUUGGAAAAAGAAAAAGAAAAACAUUUUGGACUUUUGAAUCCCUUGAAAUUCCAGGAUGACGGUCGUGCUAUUUUCCCCAGCAGAACACCUCUCCCGAAGCUGCUGAAUUGGACGUUAGACACUCAGUUUCUUCGAGUCUCGCUCAGCGAAGCUAAAGAGAAUUUCGACCUAAGAAUAAGCCACAUAGAAGGAGUUCUAUUUGAAUAUCUAUCGUACGGACAAAACUUUAUCAGAAGCGUAAAUCUGUCACCAGAUGGAUACCUCCAAAUGGCCUUCCACCUGUCCUACUACAGAAUGCACCAUAAAUUCACUGCGGUCUACGAAAGCAUCUCCACUCAGAAAUUCUUGCACGGAAGAACCGAAGUCAAUCGAACACUCUCCAAAGAAGCAGUUGACUUUGUAUUAGCAUUUACGAAUAUGGAUCCUUCGGUUCAUUCGUCCGUUCAGAACACCUACGCCAUGUUGAAAAUUGCCUGUUCUGCCCCCGGUAUCGGUCCAAUACAACAUCAAGGCGUUGAAUGGGAACGGAUGCGACCGCCACAUUCUCGGACUACAAAUCGUCGCCGAGCAGCAAAACAUCUAUCACCCAUUCUUGAGUGACCCCGCUCACGAGAUCAGCACCCACUGGCGACUAUCCACCAGCCAACUCCCGAGCAAGUUCUCCGUCACCGGGUAUGGCCCCGUUGUUCCAGACGGAUAUGGACUCUACUACAACCUCCGUCCGAACAAGUUCAACUUUUACAUCACUUCGUUCAAAAACGACCACGGGACCGACGCCCACCGAUUGAAACAAGCUCUCCAGACAUCUCUGGAUGAAAUGCAGAAGCUCUGCAUCGAUGCCUUCCGCACCGAGCCUAAGCUAUAAUUUGGUCUCUUUUCAUGUACACUAAACACACAGAUUUACAACGCAUGUAUAUGCAUCUCAUUCACACAU